AUGUCAUUUAAGAGAGAAGGCAAUGAUGCAGGCUUGCUUGAGACUUUACGGAAAAGGAGGAUAAAUGAAUUGCUGUCAGAAGAGAUUCCUGAGGAUGAAGCUAAAUUACUUUGCAAUGGAAGGUUUACCUGCACAGUUUGCCCCAGUAACCCUGUCUUUGACACUGUCAACGUGCUCAGUAUACACAGACAAGGCAAAAAACAUUUGUCAAAUCUGGAAGUCCACAUUGCAAAGAAAAGGGAGUUAAAGCAGCUGAUUGCAGCAAGAAAACAUCAACAGUACUUGAAAGAUGGCACAACAACCAUCAAAAUGGCUGUUCCCGCUCAAAGGGGAAUCAUUACCUCUUGUCCCUACGAUCCUCGAGUGAAAAAGUCAAAAGUUAAACAAGGUGAAAGAAGACCAAUACUGGAGAUUGGUGGGAACCGUGGAGUGACAUCCACACCACAAUCAUUUCAUCAAAAACCAUCCGCUUCACCUGUUGCAGCCAUUGUUGACAGCAGCAUCUGUGGCUUUUCAGUACUGAGAAACACAUAUGAACAGUCAGUGUCUGGGCCAAUUAUGCAUGAUCAUCAGUUAAAGAACAUUUUCAGCAACAAGCUUGAAGAACCAGUUAGAAUAACACCAUACCAGUCUAAGUUUAGAAAAAACAUUAUUCCCCUGCAACAGAGCAGUGUCAGGACUUCAUUAACCAACGAGUUGCCUUGCACAACAGUUCCCCAGAUUAAUGCCUUGAGAGACAGACUCCAUACAGGCGUGGUUACUGGCUCUAGCACAUGCUCUGUUUCCUUGUCUGUUUGUGAUCCACCUUCUUGGAAUAAAUUAAAUUCAGAUGCAGUUUCUUGUGUAGUUGUGUCUGCUAAUAAAUCAUCAGCGCUGGAAGAUGUGUCAUCAUGUAUUUCAAAUCUGAAGGCUGGUAUACAGUCACACGGUUUAUCUGCUGCAGCUUUUCUUCUGCCUCCACCACCGCCGCCACCACCACUAAUUACCAGUACAAAAAACUGUAGUCAGACACCAGCAGUCCAAAAUGUAGCAGUGGCAUCAGGAAAGUCUCUUCGACUUCCACCGCCACCACCAGUUGUCGGUACAACCGGUACAAAUAACUGUAGUCAGACACCAGCAGUCCAAAAUGUAGCAGUGGCAUCAGGAAAGUCCCCUCUACCUCCACCGCCACAUACCAGUACAAAUAACUGUAGUCGGACACCAACAGUCCAAAAUGUAGCAGUGGCAUCAGGAAAGUCCCUUCAGCCUCCACCAUCUGGUUGGAAGAGAGACUGGGAUGGGAAAUGGAUCAAAGAUGAAAAUGCAGAAUUUGAUUCUGAUGAAGAAGCUCCUGAUAUUCCUUGA